AUAUGUGUGUGUGUGUUUUCAACUCUUUGCAUAUACGCAUCAAGGCCUGCUUUUUGGUCACCAAGGCUAUCUCUUUUCUGCUUCACCCGGCAGCGAUCCACUCACCUUCACCCACCUCAUGAGACACAACUAAUUUCAUCAUAUAUACACCUCUUACUCGUCCCCUUCCUUGCAACAUUAAUAACCUUGAAUACCCUGUACCCACUGUACUCGACUGUCCAGCUUUCCUCCUCAUCCUCUUUUCCCCAAAAUGGAUCGUAAAACCAUUUUCUUUCUUAUUCUUGUUCCCUUGUCUUGUAUUCCACUGGUCUUCAGUAUUGAUACCAAUCCGUCUGAGUUUUUUGCUCUCAUGAAGGAGUCUUUCUCCGGACACUACCCGUUCCGUUGGGAUGUCACCGGAGGAAGACCUGUGUGCAACUUCACCGGGGUUGCCUGCAACAGCCAAGGAGACGUCAUCAAUCUUGACGUUUCCGGUUGGUCGCUCUCCGGGAACUUGCCUGAAAAUAUAUGCUCUUUCUUGCCGGAGUUACGUGUUCUUCGUCUCAGCAAUAACCGCCUCAAGGGAAACUUUCCUGACAGCAUCGUCAACUGUUCCCGCUUGGAAGAGCUCAACAUGAGUUACAUGUUUCAUGCUGGAAGGCUUCCUGAUUUCUCCCCUCUGACAUCUCUCAAGGUUCUGGAUUUAUCAUAUAACCUCUUCACAGGUCAGUUUCCCAUGUCCGUGUUCAAUCUCACCAGUCUCGAGGUCCUUACCUUCAACGAAAAUGAAGGCUUCAACUUGUGGACGCUUCCCAAGGAUAUUUACAAACUCAAAAAUCUCAAGUCUAUGGUGCUCACGACGUGCAUGGUGCAAGGUCAGAUUCCGUCGUCCAUAGGAAACCUUACGUCUCUUGUUGAUCUCGAGUUGAGUGGAAACUUCCUCACUGGUCAUAUUCCUCCGGAGCUUGGAAUGCUGAAAAAUCUGCAAUUUCUUGAGCUUUACUAUAACAGUCUUGUUGGCGUCAUACCUGAGGAGCUAGGAAAUCUCAUGGAGCUCAAAGACUUGGAUAUGUCAGUCAAUAAGUUGACCGGCAACAUCCCAGAAUCUAUAUGUCGCCUUCCCAAGCUUGAAGUCAUACAGCUUUACAACAAUAGCCUCACAGGAGAAAUCCCAGCUGUGAUAGAAAACUCAACAUCCUUGAGAAUAUUGUCUAUUUAUGACAAUUUCCUGAGCGGUCACGUACCAAGAAAUCUGGGCCAGUUCUCUGAAUUGGUAGUUUUAGACUUGUCCGAAAACCAACUAUCUGGUCCAUUGCCAACGGGGGUUUGCAAGGGAGGUAAACUGCUCUAUUUUCUUGUCCUGGAUAAUCAGUUUUCUGGAGUGCUACCAGACGUUUAUGCAAAAUGCUUCACUCUUUUAAGGUUCAGAGUAAGUAAUAACCACUUGCAGGGUUCAAUUCCUGGGGAUCUCUUUGGCUUGCCACAUGUUUCAAUAAUUGAUUUGGGUUACAAUAAUUUUUCUGGUUCCAUUUCUGAGUCCAUUGGAAAUUCUAGAAACUUGUCAGAGCUUUUCACACAGAGGAACCAGAUUUCUGGAUUCAUACCUCCUACGGUCUCUCGUGCUACCAAUCUGGUCAAGAUUGAUCUUAGUUACAACCUUCUGUCUGGACCUAUACCUUCUGAAAUCGGAAACCUGAAGAGGCUUAAUUCACUGAUGCUGCAAGGAAACAAGCUAAAUUCUUCCAUCCCCAGCACACUUUCCUUUUUGCAGUCCCUCAACGUUCUUGAUCUCUCCAACAACCUCUUGAGUGGGACCAUCUCUGAGAGUCUAUCUGCACUCUUACCCAACUAUAUCAAUUUCUCAGACAACUUGCUUUCUGGCCCAAUUCCUUCCUCAAUGGUGAAAGGAGGGUUAUUAGAAAGCUUUUCAGGGAAUCCUGGUGUCUGCAUGUUGCCGAUUUAUGCUAACUCAUCAGACCAGAAUUUCCAAGUGUGUCCACAAAAUAGCAGCAGAAAAAGGCCACGUGUCGUAUGGGUAGGUGCAAUAAUUUCAGUAGCUUUGAUCAUCAUUGGAUUUGGAGCUGUAUUGUUUAUAAGACGUAGGCCUGCCAAAGAUAAGGCUAGUAUGGAACAAGAUGAUGAGUCACUAUCUUCUUCAUUCUUCUCUUGCGACUUGAAGAGCUUCCACAAAUUAAAUUAUGAUCGGCAGGAGAUCAUAGAGGCCAUGGUGGAUAAGAAUAUAGUGGGAUACGGUGGAUCAGGGACAGUGUACAAGAUUGAGUUGAAGAGCGGUGAACUUAUUGCAGUGAAGAAGCUAUGGAGUCGAUCAUCAAAGGAUCCGGCUCAAGAGGACCGCAUGGUUCUGGACAAGGAGUUGAAAAAUGAGGUUGCGACCUUGGGAAGUAUAAGGCACAAGAACAUAGUCAAACUGUACAGCUACUUCACGAGCUUUGACUUCAGCUUGUUGGUUUAUGAGUACAUGCCAAACGGUAAUCUUUGGGACGCCCUGCACAAAAGUUGGAUCCAUUUGACUUGGCCUACUCGUCAUCAGAUAGCACUAGGGAUAGCACAGGGCUUGGCAUACCUCCACCACGAUUUGCUUCCGCCAAUUAUUCACAGAGACAUCAAGUCUACUAACAUCCUCCUGGAUGCUCAUUAUCAGCCCAAGGUUGCGGAUUUUGGAAUCGCCAAGGUGUUACAAGCAAGAGGAGUCAAAGAUUCCACCACAACUGUUAUUGCAGGAACCUAUGGUUACUUAGCCCCAGAAUAUGCAUAUUCAUCGAGAGCAACAACCAAGUGCGAUGUCUACAGUUUUGGGGUGAUUCUGAUGGAACUGAUAACCGGAAAGAAGCCUGUGGAGGUGGAGUUUGGAGAGAACAGGAAUAUCGUAUACUGGGUUUCAAACAAGGUAGACAGCAAGGAACGAAUUAGUGAAAUAAUAGACAAGAGAUUAUCAGGAUUAUUCAGUGAGGAAAUUAUACAAGUGAUUCGAAUUGCCAUUAAGUGCACCUACAAGUUGCCUGCUAAUCGGCCAACCAUGAAAGAGGUGGUUCAGCGACUUAUUGAUGCAGACCCAUGCAAAUUCGAUUCCGGCAAGUUGUCAGACAUGACCCAUCCCAUAUAAAUAACAAAGACUGUCACCACAAUAAAUUUAUGAUUAAGUGAUGAUCUUAGAAGGGUAAAGGGGGAGAAAUUUGACCACUAGUGCUAGAUCAGAAGUCCCUCAGACUUCCCCUGAGGGACCCAUUGGAGAGUGCAACUUGUAUUAUCUUUCCUAUGCAAAAGUGGUCUGUAGAAUCCGUGACUCCGACUCUCUGUCUUUGUUGCUGCUUCCCUUUCUGAUGUAUGUUUAAUCUUGUAAACAAUUAUUAGUAGUAAUGCCAUGGCACUUUUUUCAUAUAA